GGUAAUUCAUCGGAAUCAACCUAGUCCAGACGUAAAUGGAGAAUUCGUUAAAAUUCGUGACCUUAACAGUUACAAAUUUAAAUUCUCAAUCCAAAUGUACGGGCAACAUUAUGAUACGUUUUAUUUAUCACCCGUUGGCACAUUAAAUUUGCACGAUCAUCAAGAUACUUUAGUUAGCAGUGGAACCAUUGAACUAUUUUCUCCAGUAUCUCAUAUUUCAAAGAUAGAAAAUCCUACUAAUGCUACCAUAGAUUUCGUUAUUUUUGAAAGCGAUUCAAUCAGCAGCGGAACCGGUGAACCACAUUCAACUAACCUUCAAUCUUCUAAGGUGGAAAUUUUCAAUAAUGAGAGUGUAUUCGCUAUGAAAUUCACUUUCCCAGAAAAUGUUGACAAUGAACGUGAGUACACGUGA